AAUUAAGUUUACUUCAAAUAUGGAAGGAUUUAACUGGGAAAACUACAGUGACGAAGAUUUUGGUAAUUACAGUUACAACACUGACCUGCCCUCUAUUCUACCAGACUCUGCCCCAUGCCAGCCGGAAUCUCUGGUUAUCAACAAGUAUGCCGUGGUCGUCAUCUAUGCCCUGGUCUUCCUGCUGAGCCUCCUGGGAAACUCCCUGGUGAUGCUGGUCAUCUUAUACAGCCGGGUGGGCCGCUCCGUCACCGAUGUCUACCUGCUGAACCUGGCCAUGGCUGACCUGCUCUUCGCCCUGACCUUGCCUGUCUGGGCCACCUCCAAGGCAAAGGGCUGGAUCUUUGGCACAGCCCUGUGCAAGGUGGUCUCACUCCUGAAGGAAGUCAACUUCUACAGUGGUAUUCUACUGCUGGCCUGCAUCAGCGUGGACCGCUACCUGGCCAUUGUCCAUGCCACACGCAUGCUGACCCAGAAGCGGCACUGGGUCAGGUUCAUAUGUUUAGGCAUCUGGGUCCUGUCCUUGAUCCUGGCCCUGCCCAUCUUCGUCUUCCGAAGGGCCAUCCACCCACCCUAUUCCAGCCCAGUCUGCUACGAGGACAUGGGUGCCAAUACAACGAAGUGGCGGAUGGUGAUGCGGGUCCUGCCCCAGACCUUUGGCUUCCUCCUGCCCCUGCUGGUCAUGCUCAUCUGCUACGGACUCACCCUGCGCACGCUCUUUGCGGCCCACAUGGGGCAGAAGCACCGGGCCAUGCGGGUCAUCUUUGCUGUCGUGCUCGUCUUCCUGCUCUGCUGGCUGCCCUACAACCUGGUCCUGGUUGCAGACACCCUCAUGAGGGUCCGGGUGAUCGCGGAGACCUGUGAGCGCCGCAAUGACAUCGGCCGGGCCCUGGAUGCCACCGAGAUCCUGGGCUUCCUCCACAGCUGCCUCAAUCCUCUCAUCUACGUCUUCGUUGGCCAGAAGUUUCGCCACGGACUCCUCAGGAUCAUGGCCAUCCAUGGCCUGGUCAGCAAGGAGUUCUUGGCCAAGGACGGCAGGCCUUCCUUCGUUGGCUCUUCUUCAGGGAACACCUCUACUACCCUCUGAGACCGCACGCAGGGCUCCUCCCUUCCCUUCAGCAUCCGCCCCAAGCCGCAUGUCCUCUGGCUGCUCACAGCCCUGUGUCCAGGCAGCCCCCCAUUGUGGUUACAGGAAGUUGCUGAGGCCACAUCCUUACUAGGCCCCCAGCUAUGGAUUCGAAAGCCCUGGCCCCCACCUCUUAUCGUAAUUACCAUGUCAACUGCUAGAGCUCAGUCCAUCCUACCACUGAGACCACAGCACUCUGUCUUCUGGCAUUCUUUGAAGAUAUUCUUUUAAGUGAUUACAAAAAGUUCCCACCAUUGGGAGACAUUAGUGUCAAACGCCAUUGGUUGCUUCCCCAACUCUCCCUUUCCUUGCCGGCUAACGAAGUCUACCUCCCUUGAGAGAGGCUGAAAAUGACAGAUACUCACUUUCUCAGACUUCCUUAAGCCAGCAGUGGCCAUUUCAUCUGGUUCUGAUAAAUAAGAAUUAAAGGCAAAUUGUGUGCUGGUAAAUCACUUUCCUGGGGGAAAAAGUCUUGAUUUGUAGCGUUUACCAUGUUCUGUGGUGUAACUAAAUGCUCCCACCAUGACCGAUUUCAAGGUGGCAGUGUUUAGCAACGAGAUCACAAGAUCUAGAAAAUGUAAUAAUCUGCUUUCACAAGCACACACGAACUGGCUUCAGUGCAUCAUUGCUUACAAAGUCUACUGAGGCCAGGAAACCCCUGGGAAGUAUUCCUGAUGUGAGAGAGAGAGAGAGAGAAAGGGAAACAUAUCUUUGGUUCUUGUUUUUGAAUAUGGUUAUAGGAUAUGCUGUGUGGUGCCAAGGCAGCCAUUUUGUGGAAAUGAGACGAAAAGUAUGCCCAACACACUCGAGCUGUUGGAGCCAAAGGAUAUAAAGAACCUGAGAGGACUUCCCUGGUGGCGCAGUGGUUAAGAAUCCACCUGCCAAUGCAGGGGACACGGGUUCAAGCCCUGGUCCGGGAAGAUCCCACAUGCCACGGAGCAGCUAAGCCCAUGCGCCACAACUACUGAGCCUGCGCUCUAGAGCCUGCAAGCCACAACUACUGAAACCCGUGCAUCUAGAGCCAGUUCUCCACAACAAGAGAAGCCACUGCAAUGAGAAGCCCACGCACUGCAAUGAAGAGUAGCCCCUGCUUGCUGCAACUAGAGAAAGCCCGCAAGCAGCAGCGAAGACCCAAUGCACCAAAAAUAAAUAAAUUAAUUAAUUUUUUAAUAAAAAGAACCUGAGAAUAAAGAGCCCAGGAUAAACCUAAGCAUAAACAGUUAAACGAUUUUCAACAAGGGUGCCAAGGCUAUUCAAUGGGGGAAAUGACAGUCUUUCACCAAAUUGUGCUGGGAAAAUCAGAUACCCACAUGCACAGAAUGAAAGUGGACCCUCACCUUACACCAUACACAAAAAUUAACUCAAAACAGAUCAAAGACUUAAAGUUAGAGCUAAAACUAUAAAACUCUUAGAAGAAAACACAGAGGGAAAUCUUCAGGUCAUUGGAUUUGGCAAUGAUUUCUUGGAUAUGACACCAAAAACACAGGUAACAAAAGAAAAAGUAGUUUAAUUGGACUGCACCAAAGUUGAAAACUUCUAUGCAGCAAAGGACACUAUCAACAGAGUGAAAAGGCAAACCACAGAAUGGGAGAAAACAUUUGACAUCGUAUAUCCUAUAAGGGGUUAAUAUCCUUAUAAAAAAUUCCUACGACUCAGCAAAACACAAACAAACAAGCAAACAACCUAAUUCAAAACUAGGCAAAAGAAUUAGAGAAUAAACAUUUCUCCAAAGAACAUAAACAAAGAGCUUAUCACUAAUAAUUAGGAAAAUGUAAAUCAAAACCACAAUGAGGUACCACUUCACACAUAUUAUGAUGAUAAUUAUAAAGAAAAAAAAAAGAAUGAAAGAAAGAAGAAAAUACCAAGCACUGGCAAAGAUACGGAGAAGCUACAACUCUUGUGCACUGAUGGUGGGUAUGUAAGAUGGUGUAGCCACUGUGGAAAACAGUGUGACAGUUCAUCAAAAAAUUAAACAUAGAAUUACCUUAUGAUCCAGCAAUUCUACUUCUAGGUGUAUACCCAAAAGAACUGAAAGCAGAGACUCAAACAAAUAUUUGUACACUAAUGUUCAUAGCAGCAUUAUUCACAGUAGCCAACAGGUGAAAGCAACCCAAAUACCCAUCAGCAGAUGAAUGGAUAAACAAACUGUGAUCUACCCCUACAAUGGAAUAUCAUUCAGUCUUAAAAGGGAAUAAAAUUCUGAUACAUGCAACAGCAUGGAUGAACCUUGAAAACAUUCUGCUAAGUGAAAUAAACCAGACACAAAUGUUAUAUGAUUCCACUUAUAUGAAGUACCUAGAAUAGUGACAUUCAUAGAGACAGAAAAUAAAAUAGUGUUUACUAGGGGCUGGGGGGAAAGGGGAAAAUGGGGAGUUAUUGUUUAAUGGGUACAUAAUUCAGUUUGGGAUGAUGAAAAGGUUCUGGAGAUGGACAGUGGUGACAAUUGUACAACAAUGUGAAUGUACUUAACGCCACUAAACCGUACACUUUAAAAUGGGUAAAAUGGUAAAUUUUACGUUAUGUAUAUUUUACCACAAUUAAAAACAAAAAACCUAGUUCCAAAAAGGCAAACUUGAACCACUGGAACCACCUACCUGUAACUUCUUAAGUGAGAUAAUUAAAUGUCUUUUUUUUGUAUAAA